AACCAGGUCAGUCGGAUUGCGAGGCAAGUUCUCCAUUUCCGUCGAGUUCCGCGGCCAACGUCAGCCAGUGAUCCAUCCGUCGAAUGCGAGUACAUCGUUCGAAUCGGCCCGGCGGAGUCUGUAGACUUCAAUCACAGCAGCGGAAUCCGCGUUUGAACAACGAGCCACCAGCUGACCGCACCGUCGGCCAUGAGUCUUCUGGAUCUGCCCGACGAGCUGUUGACGCUCGUACUCGUGAACUGUGCCUCACGCGAUGUUCUCUCCGUGGCUAACACCUGCAGGAGACUCUCGAAGGUGGCCAACGACGUGUUUUUGUGGCGGAAGCUAUGCGAUCGAGAGCUGUCCAGCUCCGGCCUCCAAUUGCCACCGUCUGCUCACCGACGCGAAGUGCAGAUGGGGGUUCAAGCACUGAAGAGACGACUGCAGCGCCUACAUCGGAUCUUACCGAAGAUCACCAAGUGCAAAACUUGCAAGCAUCUCACGUGUCAGCAGGAGACUUUUUGCCACGAAGAUAGAGUCGUCCUCGACGUUGGGUCGAAAACAACUUGGUGUCUGGGUCCGAAUAGCAUGUGGCAGAAGCAUCCGUCCGUCCUCAUAGGCGACCAACACGGGAAUUGCCUCGCUUGUGAGCAUGCAGACAAGCUCAAACCUCAGGCAAUGCUCCACACGAAAUUCCACGGCAACAUACGGCCCCACAGCCAUCAUCAACCCUUGCUGCCUCCUUUUGGACCCCAAGACCUCGUGUCAUCCUUCGCCAGCAUGCGCAUGGGUAGCAGAGCGAGGUUUAGCUCCGCCUCAGGAGUUUUCGACGACAUGUUUAACGUAGUGAAGAGCAUCAACCCCGAAAGCUAUCUACGUCAUCCUCUGAAAUGUCUCCAAGAAGACCGUGGCGAUGAAGGAGGCUGCACCGUCUUCGAGGACUUCAUAUCGCACGUUCUAAAAAAAUUCCAAGUCACUCAGAAUCUGCAACAGGCGAAUUCGAGUCUCGUGUUUUGUGAACCCUACUUCAUGUCGACAGCGCAACGGAAGAAAUUGUGCAAGUUUUUCUUCGAGUCGACGGGCGCCGGCCGAUUGUGUUUCCUAAACAAAGCCUACAGCACGGCGGCACUCACACAGAUAGAAACCUGUAUUGUGGUGGAUUCGGGCUGUCACAGCACGGUCGUGUCCGUGAUCAUCAACGGCCAGGUUCAACCGGAACGAACCCAAGACUGUCCUAUCGGCGGCCAAGUCCUCUCAGAAAACCUCCUCGACCGGCUUCGAAUGCGGCAAUGGGACUGCCCUGUUUCUUGUGAAGGGCUGGAUAACCAUCAAGUGAAGCUGUCCUGUUACCUCUCGGCGAACAUAGGACUCGAGCACACCACCGUUUACGAUGAAGUUUUCAAACAGUGUUUCGUACAGUGUCAGCGAGGAGGCCUCUUGACCCAAGAGUGGGUCGAAUUCGGGUCGGAGCUGUACAUAGCGCCGGAGCUGAUGUACAGCGCCAUGCAGCUACCGGAUAUGAUCCUGAAGGCCGUUCGGGGUCUGCCGAGAUUCCAAAUUCAACAGCUGGUGACUCAUAUACUCCUCACCGGAGCAAACACCGAAUUGACGGGCUUCAGGAGGAGACUGGUUUCGGACUUGAGGAGGAAGAUGCCAGAUUUCGCUCAUCUCAACAUGCACACGUACAGUGGCUCCCGAAGCUGGGAGUGCUGUAUGGGUGGAACUUGUCUGCUCUUGGCAAAUACCAGUGAUCCAAUGACGCUGUUCCCAGUCGACUCCUAUGUCUGCAACACGUAUCAAUGGAUCACUCGAGAAGAUUAUAUCCUUCACGGUGAAUCCGCUGUACGGAAUGAAUAGAAAGCAACAUGUGAUAGCGUAGCCUGGACUCUGUUGGCAAGCUCGACCAUCGUCUCGGUAACCUUAAAUACAUUAACUCUGAGCCCGAGUAGCCGACCAUUAGGAGCUUGCGGUAGCUCCAGCCAGUUGGCUCGAGCCGGCAUCCGAUGAUCUUCUGCGAGGGGGAAAGUAGCGAGAGUUCAGUUGGAGUUUGUGAUCAGUAUUUGGACGUCAUAUUAAUUGAGACACGGUUGCGCGACGUUGCAGCUAAUCAGCAUCGACAAAGUAUCCGUCGAUCCCUGCCAAGCCGUCGAAUAAACGAAGCAGCGUUAAA